ACGUGACAGUGACGGGGUGACGUAACGCAGCUAAAACAAGCUACCUUAGCUUAGCUUGUGCCCCCUCGACUGAAGUGGAGUGUUUUCACGGUGUUGUGCAUGUCAGACGGGUUUUAAAAUGGCUUUAGUGACAGCUCUGAGAAGACUCGUGAGGUUAAGAGAGUUUGCAUGGAGGACGGCAGCAGUCACCUCUGGAUCCUGGCCGAGGACUCAGAGCUUUUCCUCCGGACACCUCCUCAGGUCAGACAACAAGGUGACGGUGCAUUUUUUCAACAGAGACGGGGAGAAGAUCACAGUGAAGGGCUCACCGGGAGACUCACUGCUAGAUAUCGUUAUCAAUGAAGACCUCGACUUUGAUGGCUUUGGCGCGUGUGAAGGAACGCUGGCCUGCUCCACGUGCCAUCUGAUCUUUGAGGAGGAAACCUACAAGAGUCUGGGUCCCGUCACAGACGAGGAGAGCAUUUCAUUAAGCUCGUCUUAUUCUCUUGUUCCCGCGCACAGGUCUCGUCUGGGUUGCCAGAUCUGUCUGACGAAGCGGAUGGAGGGCAUGGUGGCGCGAGUCCCAGAGAGCGUAGCCGACAUCCGACAGAGUCAGGACGGAUCCUAACGGCAACCUCCUUUUUUAGACAACUAUAUUAUACUUCACAGCAAAUAUAUGAAAUCUGUCUGUAAAUCUCAGUUUGCACCAAACCCCAGCCUUUUUGUUUUCGGAUAUACGUCAGGGCAUUUCAUGUUAAUAUGACUGUGUGUACAUAAGGUCAUAUAAACAACAUCAUGUGACUGAAAUGUCUGCGGACAACACUCAAAAGUCCUCAUAUCUUAUGUUAAUCUCGAUACAUACUAUCGUUGGUCUGAUCUGAUUCUUUCUGUAACAAUAUAAUUACAUUAUAUGAUUGUACAUAGCUAGAUCACACAUGUAUAGAGUGACAAAUAAUGUAAUAAAAAGAAACCUCUUUCUAACU